CUGGUGUAUGAGAGGCAGAGGGAGAGUGGAGCUAGGAGGACAGCUGUCUGCGUUACAGCCACAUUUCAUUUACAAAUAUAGUAAUAUUCGAACGGAACUGUACGUUGCGGGGUAUCAUGUCAGACACGGAGACGAAGCCCUCCGGUGACGGAGGAGAAAAGAAGGACGGAGAGUAUAUUAAACUGAAAGUGAUCGGUCAGGACAACAGUGAAAUUCACUUUAAAGUGAAGAUGACAACGCAUUUAAAGAAGCUCAAGGAGUCGUACAGUCAGAGACAGGGUGUCCCCAUGAACUCCCUUAGGUUUCUUUUUGAAGGACAGAGAAUCGCAGACAGCCAGACCCCUAAAGAGCUGGGAAUGGAGGAUGAGGACGUGAUUGAGGUGUAUCAGGAACAGACCGGUGGCUAUUGGAACGACUAGACCUGCGUUGCAACUCCUCUUCUUUUUAAAAUCUUAAUUUUUUGUAUGUAUGUAUAACAUUUAUUUCUUCUGUUUCCUUUUGUGCCUCUCGCAGAGGGAAAUUGAAAAACCAUCUGGAUCAAAGUGAUAUUCUGCCAGGGCUUCUGUGAGCAAGGGAGUUAAAGGCAAAAAAAGAAAGAAAGAAUAGGAUAAGGAACAAGGGAGAAAAAACCUAGCCCUCCUCCCAAACACCCGCUCUCAUAUCAUUCUCUCUUUCUCUCAUUCUUUAGCCCCUCCCUCGUACAUUCAGACUCUAGAUAUGUGCUGUGUUGCAAUGGCUGAUAAUGGAAAGUGUUGCGUCGUGCCCAAAACCCACUGAAUAGCUGGCUGUACGCUGCCCAUCAGUCCAGAUACGGAACUGUGCAGCAUGGUUCCCUGUUCAUCCCCGUCAUUGACACCACACUGCAUCAGUGGGGUUCCCUUAUGCAGAAUGGAGCAAGAGAGCAAGGAGAACCCUCGCCUGGUGUAGUACACUCGAUCUGCCAUCAUCCCAAGGGAACUGAAGUUUGGAAUUCCAUAUUCACAGAGGCUGGCCCCAUUCCAAUGUGUAGACCCCAUUCCCUUCUUUAGACACUUAAGUAUUUUAUCUUUUGAUACGCUCUUAGGACUUUUGGUGGGGUGGGGGUGUAUGUUUGGGGGUAACUUGUCUGAUGCUAGAACGUGUGAUGUAUGUUUUCCCUGUAUGCAUUAUUACAACUGUGUUGAGAUUUGCACACUGUGAACUGCAGGAGGGAGGAACUUGUGUUGUAAUAUGAAUGAUCAGUGAUUUCAUUUGCAUGUGUUUGUCUUGAUUUUAUUCCGAUGGAUUUGUCUGUUGCCCCCUUGUUGAAAUCCUUGUCUCCAAGUUUAGCUAUUCCUCCAAUUAUGACACGAGAAUCAGAGGGCAGUGAGUCUUGUUCUGGCUCACAGUUCUCCAGUCACCAAUGUAUAAAUUAUGUAAGAAUGAUCUCUGAUCACCACUCAGGGGCAAUGUUUAUCAACACGGAUAAAAACAAUGAUUGCACACAAUGAUGUCACUGCACAUGUAGUCUUUUGAUAAUUAUCUUUAUGGUUGGUCUUUUUUGUCUCCAUUAAUUUUUUUUUAUUUUAAAAGGGAGGGAAUUUGGUCCAGAUGGUUUGUGGACAUAGAAAGAUAUUAUUUUGCUUUUGUCUUGUUUUUUAAAUAAAAUGUCAUAAAAUAA